AUGUCCACAAAUUCGGAAUCGAAAGCCAAAGGGGGGAUACAGACGAAUGGUGAAGAUAAGGCAACGGAGGGCAGCGAGCACGAUGACACCCUGAAAUACCAGCUGCUCGGGCCGUCUCUGACCAAGGCAGGCCAGGAUAAGGUAGACCAGCAAAAAGUAUCGGAGAUUAUAUACAACGCCUCGAAGGGGUCGAAAUUCUUCAACCACGAAAGGGCUCGGGAUCAACUAUUAACAGAAAAGAUUCAGAAGAUAUUAGCACACAAGGAAAAACUGGAGAAACAAGACCUGUCCCACAGCAUCCGCCUGGCCGAUGAAUAUAUCGCGGACCUUGAGUUACGCCGUGAUUUGUCGCAGUCCAUCGUGCAUAUUGAUUGUGAUGCUUUCUUUGCUGCUGUGGAAGAGCUAGACCGGCCCGAGUUGCGGGAUGUGCCUAUGGCUGUCGGUAAAGGCGUCUUGACGACCUGCAACUACCAUGCUAGAAAGUUUGGGUGUCGGAGUGGCAUGGCCAGCUUUGUGGCCAAGAAGCUGUGCCCCGAGUUGAUCUGCAUACCCCAGAAUUACGAGAAAUACACCGCAAAGGCCCGAGAGAUUCGAGCAAUUUUGGCUAACUAUGAUCCGGAAUUUGAGAGCGCUAGUGUUGAUGAAGCGUAUCUUAAUAUUACCCAAUAUUGUGCAGCUAAUAAUGUUGACCCUCAGGCGGCUGUACAGCAGUUACGCGGUGAAGUUUUCGCCCAAACAGGGGUAACAGUGUCCGCCGGGAUUGCAGCCAAUGCCAAAAUCGCAAAGAUAUCAUCCAAUUGGAAUAAACCGAAUGGUCAAUUCUAUGUACCAAGCGAGCGGGCUGCAAUCAUGGAAUUUAUGACCAAAAUUCCAGUUCGCAAAGUAAACGGUGUUGGUCGAGUAUUCGAGCGUGAACUCGGUGCAAUAGGAAUAACAACAUGUGGUGACAUUUAUCAGUAUCGUGGUAUGCUGAGUCAACUCUUCGGACAAAAGGCAUUCUGUUUCCUGAUGCAGUGUUAUUUGGGUCUCGGGAGAACCCGAAUCCAGCCCGCAGGCACAUUCCCGAGGAAAAGCAUUGGAACAGAACACACCUUCGCAGAUUUGAGUGAUUUCCACGAACUGCAGGAGAAACUGAGGUGGACGGCGUCUGCGCUUGAGAAAGACUUACGAGCCGCAGAAACAAAAGGCCGUACUCUGGUGUUGAAAGUAAAGCUUCACACAUUUGAAGUGCUCUCCCGGCAGACUGUGGCUCCCAAACCGCUCCUGGUGGCUGAUGAUCUCUACAAAUAUUCUCUACCGUUGCUGACGAAAUUGCACAAGGAACGGCCGCAGAUGAAAAUCCGUCUAAUGGGCCUUCGUUGUGCAAAUCUGGUCAGCACUAAGAAGGGCACGUUUAACUUCUUUAACAGGAGCGAUUCUGGACAGACAGUAGCCCCUAGAUCAGAGGCUAGCAACGAAGCCAUCUCAUCAACGGAGGAGGAAUUCGAAGCUGCAGCCUCCCAGGAGCGGAUGGAUGACAUGGAGUGCCUGGAAAGCCUCAGCCAAGAACUGGAAUCAAGUCACAAAACACGGCAAGCCGCCCAAGAGGAGCCGAAGACAGUCAAGCUGGACAAAUGGCCCUGUCCGAUAUGCUCGUUCCCACAGCCUCCCGACCAUGCACAAUUCAACCAGCAUGUUGACUAUUGCCUCUCGCGGGAGACCAUCAAGGAGGCCGUUCGGGGCACACUGGGGCCCGAGGACAGUCCGUCCCUGCAGGUAAACAAGAGGAAGGCUGCUGCCCUUGAGCCCGGCGCUCGCAAACGCCCGUUUUUCAACUAG